CCCGCUUGCCGCACAGCAUGGACUACACCCUCUGGCUGCUGCUCGCUGUCGUGCUCCCCGUGCUGCUCUAUUUCUACGUCCGCGCGAACGAUGCGAAGCUCACCCGGCUGCCUCCGGAGGCGACCGCGUUCUCCCCAAGACGCUGGACGGUAGAGGACCUCGAGCGGACGGCUGCGUCGCCCGCCAUCGCGGGCUCGUCACCAUCGCUAUUCUCGCCCGAAGAGCUGCCCCCGAAGACGGGGAGGAGGUACAUCGUCAUCGGCGGGGCCGGCUUCUUGGGCGGGUGGAUUGUACUCCAUCUCAUCGCGCGCGGCGAGGACCCACGCCGGAUCCGCAUCAUGGAUGUUCGCCGGCCUAUUCGGCAGGAUAUGCUCGAAGGGCCCGCGACGAAGGUUGAUUUCUGCCAGGUCGACGUCACGAAUGCCGCCGCGGUGGAGGCUGCGUUCCGCAAGCCAUGGGUGGACGGCGCAGCACCAGGCGAGCCCGAACCCGAGCUGACUGUCUUCCACACCGUCGCGAUCAUUCGAUUCUACGAAAGGCACCCAGCGCUCCAAGUCUACUCAGAUCGCGUCAAUGUGCAGGGGACGCGUAACGUCAUCGACGCGGCGCGCAAGGUUGGCGCCGCCGCGCUCAUCUACACCUCCUCGGGAUCCGUGUCCGUCUGCCGCUCGCGCUUCUGGCUCUGGCCAUGGGAGCGCGAGCCCGCGCACUUCGUGCAGCCUAUCGGUGACGACGAUGCACAAGUGCCGACACGACACGAAGACUUCUUCUCCAACUACGCGGUCUCGAAACGGAAGGCGGAGGUCAUUGUGCGUCGCGCGGAUGGCCUCUCCUCGGGCAACGGCAUCCUCCGCACAGGCUGCAUCCGGCCAGGCAACGCGAUCUAUGGUCCAGGAGGCGACCUGCUCGUCGCCGCGUACCUUCUGCGCAAGGCGAACAUGACUUGGAUCGCGAACAGCCUGCAGUCGUUCUGCUACGUCGAGAACUGCUCCAUCGCGCACCUCUGCUACGAACAGCGCCUUAUCGAGCUCGCGCGCGGAGACAGCCCCAACCCGGAUAUCGGUGGCCAGUCAUUCGCGGUGUGCGACGCGGGCCCCGCGCCGACGUACGGGGAGAUCAACCGCGGGCUCACGUACCUCUCCGGGGGCGCGUGCACGUUCCAGGACUUGUCACCAACAGCGAUGCUCGCGCUCGCGACGCUCGUGGAGGGGUACUACCUCGCGCGACAUGCACUCCUCCGUGCGCCCGCACCGUUCUCGGCCCUCGCGAAGCUCGUCCCCGCGCUCUCUGGCGACAUCGUUUUCCUCCAGCCGUCAAUGUGGGCGCUCACGCAGGUACACCUCAUCUUCGACGACUCCCGCGCCCGCGCUUCACCCUCGCUAGGCGGGCUCGGGUACAGCGGGCGGGUCACGACGCUCGAGGGGACAUGCAAGGUGUUCGCGGAGCACAUGCGCACGGGUGGGCGCGACAAGGUGCGCGUGAUCGCCGGGCACGACUCGCCAGACCUGGCGCUCGCACUCGCGCGCGCGGAGAAGAGCGUGGAGGAGGUCAUGGAGAAGCUCGGGGCGUCGCUGGACAAGCCGCGCGUGGCGGAGCUGCAGUACUGAGUCUCCUCUGCGGGCCUGGAGCCGGCAGCAGACUGCGGUCCUGGAUACCUUGCGGCCGUGCACAUGUCAGUGCGAUUUGCCUCGUGCUGUGUUUAUGCUGUGUCUGACGCUGUACAUAGAGCUUGUUUUCGGUGUGUAUGUAUAUGUAUUCGCAGUUCGGAUGUAUUUGUAUCGGAGCGUCAUCGUUGUUGUUGCAUUAUAAUCUUGUCUUUCUUGAACAGGCUCGUGCGAAUUAUACACGAGACACCUUAGCCCUAUACCAUCGAGGGGAUGAUGUCU